CACAUUCUACAAUGGAUACAAUAUCUGAUAUGUGAUUAGUCACUAUGAUAACAAUUAUUUUUAUCAGAUAAGCUUUAUAAAGGUGGUCAGUAGAAUAAAAUGUUCAGAGUAAAUCAGUGAAUAGAUCAAAAUGAUGAAAAUUAAUUUAUAUAUAUUUUUAAUGUUCUGUGGAAGAUUUUUAUUAUCAGUUAAAGCAGAUGAUAGAUCAUAUUGUUUUAAUCUCACUUGGGUAGAACCUGCAUUAAAAAGCACUAAUUGUUCUAAAAUCAAAGAUGCUCCCUGUUUUGAUCCUAUACUUUAUUCAGAAAAACCACCAAAUGCAUCUGAAUAUGAAGAAUUUUGGGAAUCAAUGGAACAUGUAUGUUCUGUUGCAUCUGGCAAUGUUUGUAUAAAAUAUACUUUUACUUAUAAUAAUGAAAUUGUUAAUACAUCAUCGUUUUGUGGAAAAGUAAUAGAAGAUGACGUAAUACCUAUUACAUCAGGAUGUUAUAAAGAAAGCAUUGAAGGUUACGUAUUAGAAAUAUGUGCUUGCCAAUCUAGAAGGGGGAACAUACCUUGUAAUUCAUCUGUGAACGUGAACUAUGCUGUUAUUUUUAUGAUUACAGUAUUAUCGUUAACAUUUUGGAUUUCAUAUAUUUGUUAUUAAUAUAUAUUUUAUAUUAUACAUAAUGUGUAUUUGA